AUGCUGCUGAGAGGCGAGGCAGGGAGGCGGCAGAGGAGGGAGUUCCAGUAUUGCGAUUUGCGGGUUCUCCACAUUGACUUCCUGAAACAUCAGAAUGCUCUUUCUCACCACACAUCGGAUUUCAUGAUAAACAAGCUUGUGGUCCGGAGAGGACAGGUGUUUUACCUGCGGCUGCUAUUUAACCGGUCCCUGCAACCCCAGGACAACCUGGACCUGCAGUUCAACACAGGACAAGUGCCAAGUGUUGCCAAUACCAUUUUGGUGUCGCUCAACUCCAGAAACUCCAGGAACAACGACCCCUGGCAGGUGUCCGUAUACAAGGAGCUUGGCAUAGAGGUCGUAGUGGCUGUCAGCAGCCCCCCUGAUGCCAUUGUGGGCAAGUAUUUCCUGUAUGUGAGAAGUGGAAACAAUGUCUUCAAGCCUGAAAAAAACGACUUUUACUUGCUCUUCAACCCAUGGUGUAAAGAUGACACAGUCUUUAUGCCCAAUGAGGAGGAGCGAGUGGAGUAUGUUCUCAAUGACACAGGCUACCAUUACAUGGGCAUCAUUGAUUCAAUCCAAGAAAAACCCUGGAAUUUUGGUCAGUUUGAGAAAAACGUCCUGAACUGCUGCAUUCUUCUGCUGAACAAGGGCCUCAGAAAGUCCUCAGAGUUGAGAAGCCCUGUGUUGGUGACCCGGGCCAUGAGUGGGCUGAUGAGCAGUCAGGACAGCAAAGGCGAAGGCGUGCUUAUCGGGAACUGGUCAGGAAACUACAAACGCGGCGUGGCCCCCUACUUGUGGACAGGCAGUGCCCCUAUCCUCCAGCAGUACUACACCACGAGGCAGCCUGUGCCUUUUGGCCAGUGCUGGGUGUUCUCUGGGAUCUUGACCACAGUUCUGAGAGCCUUAGGCAUCCCAGCACGCAGUGUGACCGCUUAUGAGUCAGCCCAUGACACGGAGAAGAACCUCACAGUGGACAUCUACGUGGACGAGAAGGGCAAGGUCAUCUCCAAUAUGACCAAUGACUCCGUCUGGAAUUUCCAUGUGUGGACGGAUGCCUGGAUGAAGAGGUUGGAUCUGCCCAAGGGCUGUGACGGAUGGCAGGCCGUGGACGGCACACCGCAGGAACUCAGCCAGGGUAGCUUCUGCUGUGGGCCAUCACCACUGGCUGCCAUCUGCAAUGGUGACAUCUUCAUAGGUUAUGACACCAAGUUCAUCUUCUCCGAAGUGAAUGCUGAUCAGCUUAUCUGGAUGGUGAAAUCAGUGAACGGAAAGAAGGAGUUCAGUGUGAUCUCAGUGGACGUGAUGAGCAUUGGGAAAAAGAUCAUCACCAAGGCAGUGGGCCAGGACAGCCAGAGGGACAUCACCAAUGAGUAUAAGUACCCAGAAGGCUCCUUAGAAGAGAGGGAGGCCAUGGCCCAUGCCUUCUCUUUCUUGGAUUAUGGGAGGAAGUACACUGUACCUGAAGAAAAGCAACUUCUUCAGAUAUUUGUCCAGUCACAUCCUGUGCUGCUGGGAGAUCCUGUGAAUUUUACUGUGACUCUGAAAAGAAAGACAGCUACCCCCCAGCAUGUCACAAUCUCAGCCUCUUUUGACCUGCAGUCAUAUACAGGCUUCAAGGUGGAACACCUAGAUGUCCUCCAUAAGUCUAUAGAGAUCCAUGAUGAAGUGACAGAAAUUAUUCUGACCUUGGACUCCAAUACCUACGUCAACAGAUUGACUAUGUUCAGCGAUGAGCCAGUCAUCAAAGGUUUUGUGGUUGCAGAAAUUUUAGAGUCCAAUGAAACAGUUGCUUCUCAAGUGUUUGUGUUUUUCCAGUAUCCUAAGAUCUCUAUAGAGAUGCCUGACACAGGCAGAGUUGGCCAGCCACUUGUCUGCAUUUGCAUCCUCAAGAAUUCACUGCACAUCCCUUUGACGAAUGCCAAGUUCUCCUGGGAAGGCCUGGGCAUUUCCCCACGGCAAACUUUGAGCCAAGGGAUGGUGGAGUCUGGUCAGACCAUCAACUUCCAAAUAAAAUGCACCCCAGUGAAAACUGGAUCCAAGAAAUUUAUCAUCAAAUUUACCUCCAAUGAAGUGAAAGAAAUUUGUGCUGAGAAGAGCAUUCUCAUCACCAACCAGCCUUCCCCUGAAGACGUGGAAACAGAGGUGGGAGUCCCACUGGCUCUGAGGCUUUUCUGA